AUGAUUUCCACCACUUCAUCAAACUCCAAGUGGUUGGUGGCCUUGUUGUUGGUUGCCUUGUUCUCUGUGUGCACCUUUGCCAUGGCUCAAGCAACCACUCAAACCGCCGCAACCGAAGCUGUAAAAGCAGUCCCAACCGUUAAACCAACUACGGUCGUGAUCAAGAAAAAGCCUGUACUCGUGGCUAAACCAAAGAAGAGAAGAACCAUUCGAAGACUCAAACGACGUGUUGCUAGAAAACUUAAAAGAUGCCGUAAAUUGGCAAAGAGAGCCAAGAAGUUGGCUGCUCGUGCUGCAAAGAAGGCUAAACUCGCUUCAUUGAAGGCCAAAGUUGCUGCUGCUAAAAAGACCAAGAAGUCUCGCAAGGUUGCCAAGAGAGCUGCCAGAAAAGCAAGAAAGGUUGCCAAGAGAGCAAGACGUGCUGCUAAGAAGGCCCGUCGUUGUGCCAAGAGAGCUUCCCGUAAAUACGGAAAGAAGGCAACUAGAAAGUUGAGAAGAAGAGCUAGAAAGGCUGCCAAGAGAGCAAAGAAGGCUGCUAGAAAGGCAAAGAAGGCCAAGAAGAGCACAAAGAAGGCUAGAAAGGCAGUCAAGAGAGCAGUCAAGAAGGCUGUUAGAAAGGCUGUUGCUGCUGUUAAGAGAGCAAGAAAACUCCUUCCAAAGAGAAAGAGAGUUGUUGUUGUCAAGAAGAGAAGAUCUUGCAGAAAACUCAGAAUUGCUUUGAAGAGAUUGAGAAGAGCAUUGAAGAAGAGAAGAGCUGUCAGAAGAGCAAGAAAGAUUGCUAGAAAGAUCAGAAGACAAAAGAGAAGAGCUGCUAGAAAACUCAGAAGAGCUUUGAAGAGAGCUAGAAGAGCCUCCACCAAGAAGGCCAAGAGAGCUGCUAAGAGACUCGCAAGAAGACUCAGAAAGGCUCUCAGAAGACUUGCAAAGAAGGCCAAGAAGGCAAUCAGAAGAGCAAAGAAGCAAGCUAAAAAGGCAAGAAAGGUUGCUAGAAAGGCCAAGAAGAUUGCUAGAAGAGUUAAGAGACACAGAAGAACUUGCAGAAGAGCUAGAAAGCCAAGAAGAGUUGUCAGAAGAAAGAUUAAGCGUGCUUUGAAGAAGAGAGCCAAGAGAUGCAAGAGAGCAAGACGUGCUGCCAAGAAGGCUGCUAGAAGAGUCAGAAAGCUCGCCAAGAAGGUCAGAAGACACCUCAGAAGAGUUGCUGCCAGAAAGACCAAGAAGGGUAAGCGUGCUGCUAGAAGAGCUUUGAAGAGAGCAAGACGUGCAUUGAAGAGAGCUAGAAAGGCUGCCAAGAAGGCUGCUAAGAGAGCAAGAAAGGCCUGCAGAAGAUACAAGAGAAAGGUUAGAAGAGCAAGAAAGAUCUGCAGAAAAAUCUCCAAGGCUAAGCGUGCCAAGAGAGCAAGAAAGAUCAGAAAGAUUAGACGUGCUUUGAAGAAGUUGAGAAGAAACAAGAAGAAGAAGGCUAUCAAAAGAAAGCUCGUCUUCAGAUUGAAGAAGUUGUACAAGUGUUAA